CGGGACGGAGUGGGUCGGGGCGAUGCCGGGCGGUGGGCGGCGGGGCCGGGGGCGGCGGCAGGCGGCGGAACCGGAGCCGGAACCGGAAUGUGCCUCCCCGAGGGUGAGCCGGUUCUGCCCGCAGUGCGGGCGCGGCGUGGAGCCCGCCUUCCGCUUCUGCCCGGCCUGCGGCGAGAGGCUGCCCCCGCCGCCGCAGGAGGAGGGGACGGGACAGACGGCGCCGGCCCCGGCCCCGCCGCCGCCGCAGCAGCAGCAGGCCCGGAGCCCCGCGGCCCCGGCGAGGCCCAGCUCCCGCUCGCCCCGCAAGGCGCGGCCCGGCCCGGCGGUGCCGCUCCCGGCCGAGGCGGUCCUCACCGACCGCGGCAGCGGGCAGUGGAGGCUGCUCCGGCUGCUGGAGCAGGGCGGCUGCGGGCUGAUGUACGAAGCACAGUCGGUAUCGGGAACCUGCCCUCAAAAGCAAAGAUACUCCCUCAAACUUGAUGUCAAAGAUGGCAAGAUCUACAACGAACAGAAUUUCUUCCAGCGAGCUGCAAAGGCAGGCUCAGUGCAGAAGUGGAAGAAGUGGCACUCUGUGCCGUUCCUGGGAAUCCCCAAUUGUGUCGGCUUUGGACUGCACGCCGAUAGCUACAGGUUUUUGGUGUUCUCUGACUUAGGGCGAACUCUUCAGUCCGUCUUGAACGAUGGCUUACAACUACUGAGGGAGAAGGCAGCUUUUCAGAUUGUAGUCCGGCUGCUAGACUGCCUGGAGUACAUUCAUGAAAACGAGUAUGUGCACGGGGACAUCACAGCUGAGAACAUCUAUUUGAACCCAACAGAUCUCACACAGGUGACCCUAGCAGGCUAUUGCUAUGCGUUCCGUUACUGCCCAGGAGGGAAGCAUGUGGCUCAGCGCGAAGGCAGCAGGACCCCUCAUGAAGGCACGAUGGAGUUUAUCAGUCUGGACAGCCAUAAAGGAGCGGGACCAUCUCGCCGGAGUGACUUGGAAUCUCUGGGCUACUGUCUUCUGAAAUGGCUCUGUGGCUUCUUACCUUGGUCUGAUGAUCUGGACAAAGUAGAAACGGUGGUGGAAAAGAAGGAAAAGUACAGAGGGGAUGUGAAAUGCCUUCUCCGACUGUGCUUCAGGCAGAGAUCCAUUCCAGCUGGCCAAGAUGCCCUGCAGAGCUACCUGCAGCAAGUAAUGGCACUGCAGUAUGAGGAGAAGCCUGACUAUGAGGCCCUGCGACAGCUCUUCAAGAAGGCACUGGAAAAGAUGAAAGCUUCAGCUUAUGACUCUGUGGAUAUCAAAAUGGUGCCCUGAAUCAAGAAAAUGUUACAGGAAAGGAGUUCAAAUCUUUCUUGCAAUGUGAGGCCUUUCCCAGAGAUAUUUAACUUUCACCUACCUGUUUUAGAACUGAAAGAGGUUUUUAUCAGUGUUUUCUUCUGAUUUUAAUGUGAUGCAAUGAAUUUUGAGCUGCUGCUGUAACAAGUUAAUGUAAAGAUGCUCCUGCAUGGCCUGUCAUUGUAAGCAGUAGCUGGAGAACUGCAGUGUAGCCACCAGAAGGGUAAAGCCUAGCACACAAAAACUAUAUCAGAGAUUUAUUUUUUUUUUUUUUAACUACAGUGGUGUAACAUAGUUUUGUAAUAAACUUUGUGGACAAGCA